CGAUGAAAGAGGAUUCAUUACCCUUGUAACUCCCUUCUGUAACUUCCCCGGAGCUUGUUCUCUGCUCGUCACGAUGCUUGGUUCAUUUUAUUGAUGAGGAAUUAAUUCAUCUGGACAAACAAUCGCUCAGGAACUCCUAGUGCACUCAUUAAAUCAAAAUUACGACAUCGCGUUACGCCCAUUAACAGUGUACACGCCGACCUUCAUGGGCAGUUUACAUCACUACAUGAAAGUGAGUUAGUGGUAACUGUGGACCUUGCUAGCUAUCUAGGGCUGACAUAGGGUCGUCAGUCUUGCGGGUGAUGCCGUACCUUUAGUUUGGGAAAUAAUUCUAUCAUGAACUGUAGCGUUAUGAAUAAACCAGGAAAAAGUUCCACGAAAGAGGCACAGCAUGAAACAAUAUACGGGAAACAGAGUAGCGGGGACUUACAGAGUCGGUUAAAGACAAGAAAACUGCUCGGGGUAGGAGAAUGCGAAGAUGGCUCCGUACCACUAUCAAAGAUUAGCCAAAUACUUGGCAGUGACGAUCAUUAUAUUAUCAACAUGCCAGCUGGAUUAAGGUUAUGGCAAGUGACAACUGCUGUAGUAUUUACUUCAGUAUCGCUUCUGAGUAUCUUCUUUCCUGUGACCAUCUUUAAUAUGUUAUUCUCCAGUGGCUGUGGCAAUGAUGCUGUUCUACCACUCAGGCUCUUUGGAGCUGCGCUUAUCUGUCUUGCCUUGUUAUUUUGGAGUUCAGUAAAGUCAGUCAGUCGAUAUAUCAUUAGAUGGACAUUAUUAGCCGAGGUCCUUUAUCUCUCACUUCAGGUUAUGGUUGUCUGGUUUACACUCUGGGAUACGAACCACUUCUCAUUCCCUAGCCUCUUAGUCGUGGUUACCAUGGUAAUGGCGAUCAUCAUAAGUCUUUAUUUCUACUCCAUCUUGGCCGGUAUCACCUUCAAGACCUUACUCAAAGGAAGAGCUCUUUUCGCAGAUUUCACGCAAAACGACAAAUUCGACUAGUCCGUGUUUCGUUUAAUGUACCAAAGAAUAUGAGUUAAGGACCACACGUUAGAGGGUCUGUUGCAAGAAAAUAUUUACAAUCAAUUGCAAAUAUUCUGAUGCAAUUCUAUAACAGAAAGAUAUUACCAAAUUAGACUCCUUGUUGCCAGAUCAUGUCAGCGCCCAAUCGCAAAUUUGCAAUUAAUUGCAAGACAUAUGAUUGAUUUAAGGACUCACAGAAAAUAUAUUUGCAAUUGAUCGCAAGUUUCUUGCAACACUCCAUUAUAUCUAUUAAUAUGCAUUUCCAACGUUCCGUUAUUUGUAGGAUCACAAUGUCCUCUUUAAUUAUGAUAGCAAGCUUUAAAAGGUGACAUGCCAUUCAAAUUGCAGCCUAUAGGUUGAAUGGGGUGCUUUUAAGAUGUAAAUCCCAGAGAUGCUGUACUUUCUAAACGUUUAUAUGAAUCUGUAUGACGGUAAUGUAUAGGGAGAAGCUCCCGGAUGAGGACGGUGUAAUGGUGACAGUGAGAAAGUAUAGCGUCAUAAUAUUAUGACUAGAACAAACUAGUCAAAAUGACUCUAAGUAUCGAUGCAGUUCUUAUAUCUAGUCAUGCAUUUUGUCAUUUUUAGAAUCAAGCUAUUCACUAUAGUCAAAUCGAAUAUAGGGGAAAAGUAUUUCAAAGCGACCUGACGACGAAAAUAAGAUCUGCACAUAGCUGACAGUAAUCAUGUUAUUUCGAUACUUUAAAAAAAGGCCUAUAGAUCUAUACAGUGUGCUUUUUUCAAAUCUAUCGAUGGUUGGUUUGAAAGCUUGAAAUCGAAAUUCAUCUUCGAUUGUGCAUUAUUUUGUUUGAAAUAUUUUCCUGUUAUCAAACUCAAAAGUUAUUGCAUUUUAAUUCUUAAUGUCAGCGAUUUGUUUCCAUUCUUUGAAGAGCAUGUUGAUCAAUGUGGGUAAAAAGAAUAUAUUUUUAUAAAAUUAUCUUCCGACAUCUUACCGGAGAUAAAUGAAGGAGAAACAUUGUACUUAUCAUAAUUCAGAUAGAGAUAAUUAUUCCAAUGGAAAAAAUAUAUAGUACAUACUGAAUACAAUGAGCUAAUCUGGUAUAUUUAUUACACACCUUUUGGAGUGAGUUUCUCAUCUUUUGAUAGUAGAUUUUAUCCCUUUUGGAGUAAACAUAUCUAAAAAGAUGCACAUUUUAGUCCAAAGGGAUUGGUUCCAUAUCACUCCAAGAGGAGCUGUGGAUUAGGGAAUAGAUUAUAGCAUUUGGAGCGUAGUAAUAGAAGGCUUAAAACAACAUAAUAAUGGUUAUUGAUUUGAGAGUAUCUAUAUAAAGUUGUUUAUUUAUUUAAUGUUUCGAAAACACUGCAUUUCAUUAUUAUGAAGAGAUAAUAUAUAAAUUGAUUCGUAUGUUUAAGGUGGUCACCCGUACGCAUGCGCGUCCCUGAUCAAUCGGGAAAUCCGGAUAAUUUCUGUUAUGACGGGAAUUCUCCCGUUAUUACGGGCGUUUAGAAGGGAAGCCUCGACAUGAUACCCGCCGUAGAGCGGGCGCUAGGAAAGUCCGCCAUAAAUGCGUGCAGCUCGGGCAUAUGGAUUCUUUUAGAAACAAUAUCAAUAUGAACAUUUGAGAAAUAUUAGCCCGAAAUGCACAAGUCUAUUAUUACGGGGAUUACAACUGAGGUGCUACAACACCCCCACCCCCUCG